AUGCAUCCUGUAGAUUUGGACUCGAUAAUUGAGAAAAACUACAAGGGAGAAGAGCAUCAUCUUCAUGAUCAGGAUUUUGACAUAUGGGAAGGCUCUGAAGAUGGAGGAGAAGGUUUGGGGCAACAAAUGUGGGAGGUGAUUCCUUCAGCAGGAGAAUUUGCCUCUUCAGCUUCAUCGUGGCUCUACUCUGCUUUACCUUUAGGGGGACAAAACGAAGAUGGAGACGAGGACGUAGGUAAAGAUUCUGAUGGAAAUGCAGAAGAGAUAUCAAACCUCGGUGGGAAUACAUCGCCGACGCUGCUGUCUAGUACUACUACUUUCGACACCAACCGCAACUACAGUAAGUCCUCGGCGAAUACCAGCAACCCAUCAAGUAGCAGCUCUCGAACCAAGGGCCAGCGACAUCAGCACUCAUUGCAUAGCACUAGCAGCACAAGCAGCAACGGAGGAGCGGAUGAAACACGAUCAUCUACUAGCCCUACUGGUUCAGCAGGUGCGACUUCAUCAACAGCAACUUCUGCGUUCUCUUUGAGGCAUUUGAAGCAGUCACGAGCACUUCUUUUUGAGUUGUUUCGCGGAAACUUCAAGAAAGUUCGCCAUCUUUCGCACGGUGCUUUCAACGAACUUUAUUCCGCUUAUCAGACCCAGAGCGCUGCCGGUUCCCUAUUCGCCUUUUUCCACGGGGACGACUCCUCUUCUGCCGAUGAGCAAGUGAGCCAAUCCCCAGUAGCGCGUUUUCUAAGGUUUGUUUUUCUCCUCCUCCAGCGUUGGCUCUCCACGUUUCUUGACGUCAUCAUUCAGGGCAUGGUGUUCAUGGCCGCCUUGUUCUACAUGCUGAAGUCGCGCGUCUCGGUCCUGCACUACGUGGACGAAUUUUUGGCGGUCAUCGACAGUUCGAGGAUGUGCUACCACUGUGUGGAACGCGUUUUGAGGGCGAUCUUGUACUCUGCUGUGAAGAUGUGCGUUUUUUACACUCUUUACACGUGGUGGAUCUGCAGUUUCUUCGAGGUUCCACUAGUUUUCAUACCUACGGUGCUCGCAGGCGCGAUGGCCUUGGUGCCAGUGAUAGACCCGAUCUACAUACCUGUGCUGGCGAACAUCUACGUGUACUAUAUAACUACAAGUGACAUCAUUAUAUAUAUUAAAUAUAUAAAUAUAUUACCUCUGCUUAGAUGUUUCUUAGAAGUAGUACGAGACUUUGCACUCUUCUCUCCGCGUCAGUAGAGCUAAUUUUUUUGCUGCAUUUGUUUUGACAAAAGAGCAUGCUUGCGCUUCACCUUGAACUUGCUCUGAAUAAUUACCUUCAACAUUGGGUACAACUGAACACGUAAGUACAUGAUAACGCUUUCUAAGCGGCCACGCUCUUGCUGAACACUUGUUCGUCAUCUUCCGGAUCCUAUGCUUCCAGGUAUGUGAAAAGUGGAACCAUGUGGCCAGACGCUACUUUGUGUGCGUUCAUCAAUGGCAUGGUUUGGUGGAACGUGACAGUGGCUAUCUACAUGGAGAUCCCGGAAUCGAAUCCGUGGCUCACAGGUCUUGGCGUGGUUUUAGGCAUCUCGCAUUUUGGCGUAAAGGGCGUAGUCCUAGGACCUGUGCUCGUCACUUUGCCGCUUCUGUGCUACGAACUGCUCUUCGUUUUCAACGCGUCAGUCGCGGAGCAGGGAACUACAGUGCCCUCACCGAAUUCGCCGAGGAAGAUAGAUUAAGGGUAGGUUAAAGGUGCUUUUCUUACCGCUUUUUAUGCCUCUCCUAAGGGAGAAAGGCAUAACAAGCGGGGUAAGCGAGCACCAAAAGCCUCCCUCUAAAUAGAAGUGGCUGCUCCAGCGACAGCAGCUGGAGGUAGAACAGGCUGGGGAGGUGGCGCGUCGGUUGGAGGUCGAAAGCUGGGAGAUGGAAUGUUGAGAGACUCAUCCUCAGCACUUUCGUCUUCUGAGGAGCAGUUAUGAUCACUAAAAAUACUUAUAAACUACAGAAAUGCUUAAUGUACUUCUACUGGCCCGAAUACAUGACCAAAGGACACCUAUACUUUCGAAAAGUCAAGGGUGCUUCUCCAGGGAAGUUGUUAUUGAACGCUGUUUCUCUAAUAUUACACGCAGCACAACAUGCGCAACACAUAGACGACCCUCCUGGAGCGGGUACUUUUGUAACAAGUGGAGGAGGAUCCUCAUCUAGUUCAUCGAGAACUGUACAAAAUCGCGCACAGGAAAAGCCCAGGAGACGUGCACGGUCGACGAUGGCACAUGCUGCCCCUCCACACCAAGCUAGUUCAUCUGGAGGAGCCCAACACCAGUAUUCGACGCAGCAAGCAGAACACCAUAUUAAGGCUGCUACUAGUACUACUUCCUACUACUGCUCACUGUAAUAUUAAGUACUAUUAACUAAUUUGUUCAACAUUGUUUUUGUUAUUCAUGAUCAUGCCGUAUUUCGUUUGCUCCUACCCUUGUUCUCGUCCUCGUUGAAUUUUUCAUUGUUUUUUGCCUAUCCUGUGACCUACUACUAGUACUACUUCCUACUAGUACCCUCCAUGGAAUUAUAAGUAAUUUGAUGCGAACUAAUAAUUGAUGUGGCUUAUUUGUUCAACAUUUGAUUUCCACGACUUGCAUCAUUUGAUUUCCACAGUUCUCUUCGUUUUUGCUCAGUUUUUUUCUUAAAAUAGAUACUGAGAAAACGAAUGCGAACCUCGGAAGUCGGAAAAAAAUGAGUAUUGCUUUGAGGAGCUCUAAUCAUUGACACCGUGCAACAUCGGCUGAUCAUCUCCAGCAGGUACAGAUGUUAAGGCUACCGUUGGACCAUCCUCAGCAUCGUCCUACCUUCCUUGGCCCUGUUUUCAAGGAAAAGAAGGGACCAGGAGGGAGGCUCUCAGGGAUGCGAGCGCGGUAGCUCUAAAGAUGACAACAGCCACAUCGGGAGGUACAGGUACAGCAGAGAGAACGCGUCACAUGCGAGAUCUGAUUGAGCGCCACGAUGGAAAAAGCAUUCUUCGUGAAGUGUUGUCGCCAAUGCCCUCAAGCAACACUCGCAUGCCUACUAUGGUUGUGAGCGCCGGAACAGGUGGUAGGGCGGGACUGCAGCAACAAGUACAAGACACGAGAAGUUUGAAUGUAAAUAGUAGGAGUACAAAGAAAAUGACCUACAACAAUGCUGCGCCACCAGGUCAGCCGCACCAGCUCAUGGACCGCCAGAACCAGACUCUUUCCCAGCAAAAGAAGUCCAAGAGGGAUAAGCGAACGAGCAAGAAUCCUCAUCCACCUCCGACUGCCAACCCGUACCCUAUCUCACCUGAUUAUGGUCUGUCUGGAGACAUCGCAUUUGCAGGCAUGGAGAAAAAUACACUUCAACGACAGCACAAUCAAGUCGGUAGUCACGGACAUCGUGCGGUGGUCAAUUUCGAUCCAGAGGUCAGUGUGCGUGAUGUCGUGGAAGAGGAUCAAGAGAGGGAGGACGCACCUGAAGAUGUUAAGGGCAAGAUGAAGUACACUCAAUGACAAUGAAGAUUACAUUUUUUAGUAAAAAGAAAGUCUUAUCCUUAUGCAGAAAAAUAACUGCUCAUUUUACCAUAAGAAAAAAAGGCUCUAAAAUUCUUACUAGGCCUUCACUUCUCAUCCUCUAAGAUUUGCGCUUCUUUUUCCGACUCGUCCUCCGCAACCGAAGAUCCAUCCGCGAUUGCAAGCAAAGAAGGCAGCAAAGAAAGCACGCUUGUCGCAACUGAUAAAAGAGAUAUUUAGGGGAUCAGCACAAGACCGAACAUGGGAUACACUAACAUGGAAUGCGUUCAGUGUAACAAUGAUGGAACCAACAUGGAAUGUGUUCAGUCGUGUAAAAAAACCUGUGCAUCUUCAACAG